AUGAGCGAGACAAAAACUCUCAAACGAUCGUUUCAACGAUGGAGCACAAUUGAGAUACUGGAGAACAUACUAGGUGAAAAAGAUGCGAAGAUCUCAUCGCCGGCCGUCACAACUAAGCCGAAAGACAAUUCACAAGUAUUUCAACGGAUAACCAGGGGAGCAGGCGAGCUUUAUGCUGACGUGGACAACCUCAUUAUCGAAAAGGGUUUCUCUGAUGUCGUAUCCUGA